AUGCUUGUCACUACCACUGUUCCAUAUUCUGUUCAACAGCGGAAAUUGUUCUUCGAACGGUUGAGUCUUCAUGAGAAAGAUGAAAAACCCCGUCCGCCAUUGAUGCUCUCAAAAAGCACUCCCGCCUCACCCGAGGAACGUUUGAAUUUAUUCAACGUUCCACCGAAGAAACCGAAACGCACUUUUGAACAUGAUAUCUACAUGGAGACAAAGUUGUGCACAAGUGCUCCAUGUUCAUCAAGAUGCUCUUCAUGCUCUCCAGAGGAGGCCUCGAUAAUGUCUAGGCGCCUGAUCAAUACGAAAGUUUGUAAU